GCUCCAAGAUCCCUUUCAACUGGAUCUACCUACGAACUAGCGAGCGACUUCUUGAGUAAUAAGUCGCGUGAUUCACCAUUUUCCUGCAGUCACUUGACCAAAGACGAGUUUUGCCGGUUCGCUGAAGUGAAAUUAGAAACCCCCGCAGACAUUUCGCAAUUGAGAAGAAGUUCAUCAGCGAGGUCUUGAGCUUAGCUGGCGUCGCUAGCCGAGUUAGUGUCUCAGGAGUCAGCCAGGCGUUUGUUUCAGUGUGUGUGUGUGAGGCAGAACUAACACCGACAUGUUUGAGUGUGUGUGAGGGGGGACCAAACACCGACAUGUUUCUGGCCAGAGGACACCCAGAGAGAGGCGGCGGACCGCUGGAGGGGGGCGACCGCUUCUUCCCCAGGGAUGAAUAGUAACACCGCUGAAGGGUCAGGAGACUCCAGCCACUAUGAGCAAUGCAGAUCAAAAGGAGAGGGUCUUGUCCACAAGCGAAGACCCAAUCCCUUGUCUUCACAGCUCAAAAGUUGAUCUCCUGAUCAGGAGCGGUGAUGUGUAUCCGUUUCCGAACCCCGCUGAGAGAAGUUCAGUUCCACAUCUGCUGUCUGGAUGCAAUGCCCAGGUACAGCCAGCGAGCGCUGGUCCUUGCUCUGAUGAGAACAGACUGAAUGGCAUCAACUCCUCCGCCUGGUCCAACCCUGUUAUUGUUCAGCCAGAAGGAAAGCCAUACUCCACAAGAAUCAUGAGGCUUUUUUCUAAUUCAAGGAAGAUCCCCGUCUCCUCUCACAGUCCAUCCACUGACAGUCCAACCUCAACUCACAGCAAUGACAGCAACAGCGGCCCCCUUCCUGCGACAGGACUCGCAGGGUUUGGUGUCGUUGACUCCUUUAAAAAACUACGAUCAUCGGUGCUACAAGGUAUCCAGAGUAAAGGGGCAAUAAGCCACAAUGGAGAACAUGUCUCUUUACCUGAACAGGAACUGGUUAAUGGCUCAGCGGUGAGCGGUACUAAUCCCGGUCUAGCCAAUGCAGCAUUUCAUUCAAAGACUGCAGAAGGAUAUAAUGUGUCCAAUGGAAAUUUGACAGGGCAAAUGUUUGCUGCGACAAGCCAGUAUGGCUCAGAUAUUGAAGACUAUGAUGAUGAAGAAACUGAGGGAGAUGGUCUCACACGAAACUCUCGAUUCUCCAGGAGCAUCAGGAGAGCAUACGGAGCAGGACGCAUCAGUUUACUCGACAUGAUGAAUGGAAGACAAGUCGGAAGUAACCCAAAUCAAACUGCACUUACCACAGAGAAACUAAGUCAGACAUCUAAGGCCGAUGUCCUAACAGAAGAACCGAAUGAAAACACAAACGUGAAGGUUCUGAGCAGACUGAGCAAAAGUGCGGAGAACCUUCACAUAUUUAAGGCGCCUUUUAGACGCAAACCACCAUCUCCUUCCCCCCAAGAAGACCCCCAGAGGAAUAGUUCAUUAAACGGGAGACCAAACAUCCAAAGGACAUCCAGCGCUUCUUCGGUGGACCUCCGGGACCAUGCCGGUGGCCACAGAAGAGGCCUGGUGAAGACCAAGGCACCGAUGCUGAAGCUAGUUGGCAGCAUGACUGAUCUAACUGUCCGACGCAGGAGAAGUCCUUCCCCCAGUCCCACUUCUCCGUCUCCCUUGUCACCAUUGACCCGCCUUCAUGACGAUUAUUCUCGCCGCAUACCUUGCCUACAAAACAGUGAACGACAGCGUCGGCCGUUGACGACUGCUGUUCAGGUCAGUUCUUGUCAUGAACACGCUCCUCUGAUUCAUCACCAACCAGAGAACUACACCAGCCAAGAACCACAUACGGUUAUUAUUGACCCCCUUUCCUCGGAGCCCCCAGAGACUACAGAGCAUAUUUAUCCUGCUAUCUCUGCACAUCAUGACACGCUGAUGCUGCCUGUUGCCACAACAGGUAGUUAUAAUCACAUGGUUGAAUGUAUUUCAUCUACGUUCAACCAAAAAGAGCCUUUACAACACCAAGGACAGACUGAGAGCAGCCCGCUACCAGAUGAGGUGACAUCGUAUCGACAAGAACAAAAGUCACUUCUGCAAACAGAGGAAUACUCUCCAGCAGCCAGCAGCACACCUUCCGUCUCCUCAGCGUGCCUCCCGGAGUCGCCCGUAUCCCCCACAUCUCCCACAGAUACAGAAACGCCCGCCGUCAAGCCCAGGAGAAGAAAUGGGCGCCCAAGACCUCGGCCCAUCUCUGACUAUGCGCAGCUGGUUUCCAGGAAGCAUUCCAUCCCUGAGGAAGCAGCAGAGUUGCUUCAUGAGGAAAGGACAGCAGAUACACUGCUGCAUAAAGGCUGCGGUAAUCACGGAAAUGGAAACAGCCCUGAAAGCAGCGGUAUAAAGGGGGAUGUUCAGAAGCAGCGGCCCAUCUCAGUGGCAGGAGCUGGGGAUCUGUUCUCUGCAGAUGCAGAACUGAAGGAGGACCACCUUGCCUGUGCUUUGUCACGACCGCCAAUCCCCUCCCACAAGGUUCCCCCCUACCGAGGCGUUUCUGCCCGGUUUCGUCCCUCAGUGCUCUCCCAGAGCACCCCUAUCGGGCUGGACCGUGUGGGGCGGCGCAGACUCCACAGAGUGCUCAGCGAUGGUACGUCUGGGUGCUCUGCCACACUCGAUGACAGCGUGAGCGAGGAGGAGAUGGGAAGCUUUGAUGAACUCAAUGAUGUCACGCCCUACCUCCAGCCGGGAGUUGAGCUCUCUGCGCUCAACAAGUGGAUAAGCUCUGGCCAUGCGGUGUAUGCUGAAGCUCUCUGGGAUCAUGUGACCAUGGAGGAGCAGGAACUGGCCUUCAAGGCUGGAGACGUUAUCCACGUCCUGGAUGCCUCACAUAAGGACUGGUGGUGGGGAAGGGGAGCUGACCGGGAAGCCUGGUUCCCUUCCAGCUUUGUUAGGGUGCGCGUUAACCAAGAGGACUCGAGCGCUGAGAGUGUGGAGAGCGUUGCGGGCCAGGAAGAUCCAGUUCCCGGGGACGCACACAGUACUCAGCACAAGGAGCAGAUGAGAACCAAUGUGGUUCAGGAAAUAAUGAAUACUGAACGCAUUUACAUCAAACACCUGAAAGACAUCUGUGAGGGUUACAUCCGUCAGUGCCGGAAACAUCCUGACAUGUUCACAGAGCCGCAACUGAAGACCAUUUUCAGCAAUAUAGAGGACAUCUACAAAUUCCAGAGGCAGUUCCUCAGAGAUCUGGAGAAGAAUUACAACAGAGAACAACCCCAUCUCAGUGAAAUAGGUUCCUGUUUUCUCCUGCAGGGGGAAGGCUUCUCAAUCUACUCGGACUACUGUAACACUCAUCCUGCUGCCUGUGCUGAGCUGCAGCGCCUCAUGAAGUUGGGGAAAUACAAACAUUUCUUCGAGGCCUGCCGUUUGCUGCAACAGAUGAUUGACAUUUCCAUCGCUGGUUUCUUACUCACACCUGUCCAGAAGAUCUGCAAAUACCCACUGCAGCUGGGAGAACUGCUCAAGUACACACCUAAAGAACACAGUGAUCACACUGGUGUCAGUAAAGCAUACGAGGCUAUGAAGAAUGUCGCCAGUUUAAUAAAUGAGAGGAAGAGGCGGCUGGAGAGUAUCGACACCAUUGCUCACUGGCAGGUUGCUAUUUUGCACUGGGAGGGGCCAGACGUGCUGGAGCGCAGCUCUGAACUCAUCCAUUCUGGUGAGCUCACCCUCGUGGUCCGGCAAGGUAAAAUGCAGCAGCGCAGCUUCUUCCUCUUUGACCACCAGCUGGUCUACUGCAAAAAAGACGUCCUGCGCCGGGACCUGCUCCACUACCGUGGACGGCUGGAUAUGGACCAGAUGGAGGUGGCGGAGGUGCCCGACGGGCGGGACCCGGACCUGGGCCUGACCCUGAGGAAUGCUCUGCGCCUGCGCCACGCCUCGACUCUGGAGUUCAUGUGCAUGCUGUGCUGCAGGAAGGCCCAGGACAAGCAGAGGUGGUUACAAGCCUUUGCCAAGGAGAGACACAGAGUCAAGGAGGACAAAGAGAUGGGAAUAGAUAUCAGUGAAGAACAAAGGAAACAGGCCAUUGCUAAUGCCAGAAGACCCAAACAUGGGAAGCUCAAAACCUCCAUCCCACCGCACCACCAAAACCUUCCACCGCUUCAACAGCGUCACGUCACCAUACCGACCAGCGUGCCUCAGCAGCAGGUCUUUUCACUGGCUGAACCCCCAAAACGAAAGCCUCACCACCUGUUGUACACCAUCACCCGCAGUGCCUUUUUUAAGAAAUGAGGCUUUGCUUUGUCGUUUUUUUUUUUUCCCCACUCUUUUCUGCCUCAUCAGAGCAAACCCAAACCGUCCUGAAGUCUCAAAGAUUUUUCUUUUCUUGUAUGUGAAUGUACUGUCAGGUUUUGUUUCCGUGCCUCCAUGUGUCUCGUCUUUUUGGAUGUUUAAACUCGGUGCCUACAAUUUUAGAGGGGCAUGACAAAAGUGUUAAAAUACUGACUGUUUUAUUGGUUUGUGAAAAUGCUGCUUACCCAAGGUGCCCCUCCUUUUUGUUUUAAUUCUAGCUGACAGUUUGUUUUUUGUUUAGUUUUUUUUAAAUUAUGACAACAAUGUAUAUCCUGCUUUUACACUGACAAAGAUGGCUUUAGCUUUUUGCCCCCCCCCACCCCCCAACAAAGGCUGGACCCUUUUGCUGUGAGUCUGUUAGCUCUGAGCACAAAGCGGCCAGAGGAUAAACUACUCAUUCACAUAACUUGUUUAACACUGUAAAUAAAACUGUUGUACAAACACA